AUGAGUGCCAUCUUGGAACCGUCUAGGCCAUGGGCGACCGCAGCGGGCACCCGUCGUGCUGCUGAACCAAUGCGCUCUCUCGUAGUCGAUAGAAAGCAGAAGAGCGACCUCGAAAACAACCACAUCAACCUCACUUCAUCUGAUGUACAAGAUAAAUCGGGUGCAGGACAGUUGACAUCGCCACCCUCCGGAGCCUCAUCUUCCACCACAAGCAACCUGGCUGGUCUUGAUCAUUACAUUGCUUUGGGUUGUCUCUUCUUCAACGAUGCUAUUCCGAGCAAGAGUAGCCCGAAUCUUGAGCGCUCUUGGGCAGAAAUGAUCGGCCUACCAGACGAGGUAAAGUCUAUCAUUGGCAAUGAGGCUUCCAGGCUACUUGAUGCACGUUGGAUCCGGCUCUUCUUGCAUCAUCCUAGCCAUGGUACGCAAUCUCUACACAGCAUUCUGCGCGUUUACCUAUUGCCGGAAGAUUGGAAUCGACGCUUCAUCGAUCGCAAUAGUAAGAGCCUCAAGACAGCCCUGCGGCAACUACUCUUUCGGAUCGACACGUCCCCGGGCGCCUGGGCUGGUGACCGCCGAGAAGCAGACAUCCGCCAUUUCGACCCCUGGGCAACUGCUGAGAAUUUCAGCCUCUACUACCUUUUCAACAAACUGCCUUCGCCUGCUCCAGAUCCAGCGUCUAUAAAGUGCCGCUACACUCGGAAAGCUGUUCGCGAACUACUUGCAUCUGCGGCUUCUUCACUCGAUGAAGAGUGUGGAGAGCAGCCUCUUGCAGGACUUCGCACGAUACUUUACCCUUACCAAGCGCGCUCGGCCAGUCUCAUGCUACAACGAGAAGCUGCACCCCAGCUGCAGCUGGAUCCUAGGCUUGAGGUUCGGACGUCCCCUGACGGCAAGAUGUUCUACUUCGGCGCAAGAGAUGGCUCUGCUUUGCUGGAGCCUCGCUACUAUGAGGCUAAUCGAGGUGGUAUAUUGGCCGAAACCAUGGGGCUGGGCAAGACGUUGAUUAGCUUGGCCGUCAUACUGACUACGAAGGGCCAUUAUCCCCAGAUACCGGCUGCUUACUUGACUUUGCCACCAGUGCGGCCACGAGUCGGACGUUUGAUAGAUAUGGUUAUUGCAACGAGCGGACGUCGCUCCAUACCCGCAAGGUCCCUCAUCGAGCACGCGGAGUGGAAAGACCAAGUCCAGUAUACUCAUAUCAAAGAAGCUUUGGAUCACAAUAUCCCGUUCUACGAGAUCCCGUCCGAUGUGCCACGUAUGAACAGGAACACAACGAUGCCUCCACCGCGCCAGCUGGUGCUCUGCUCCAGCACGAUCAUUGUAGUGCCUAGAAAUCUGCUUCACCAAUGGCAAUCUGAGAUACAGAAGCAUGUAUUUGAGGAUGGCCUGAAGGUCCUCGUGGUGGAUAAUGAGUCCAAGCGCAGCAGCAAAGCUCAACGUCAACAGGAUACCGCCACCAUGAAAUUUGUUAGCGAGCUGCCCGCACCUACCGAGCUCAUGCGUUUCGAUGUUGUCUUGUUUACUCGCUCCAGGUUUGAAAAGGAGAUCACGGAUGGUACCGACAAGCAAGGACGACGAGCAGCCACUGGCGUGUCCCGUAUCUGCAAUUGCCCAUACAUUGGCUCUACGCGGCUCACUGAUUGUAAUUGUGUCGAAUCAGGAAAAGCGUACCAGUCGCCCUUGAUGAAGCUUCACUGGCUCCGAAUCAUCAUCGAUGAAGGGCACAGCUUUUCAUCCUCAUCGACAAAUGCGGUACUAGUAGCCAAGCAGAUCCAUGCUGAGAGACGAUGGGUGGUGUCAGGAACACCUGCAAAGAAUCUGGUCGGCGUCGAGCUCGAGCUGGCCACGGACGAAGUUGACGGUGCUGAUACAAACGCCCUCCGAGAGUCAGCCAUCGAGCAGAGGAAGGCCUUCAACAUCGACGAUGUUGAUAGUGCCAAAUCAGCGAAGGCAUUGGGUUCGCUAGCUUCCAACUUCCUCAUGGUACGCCCAUGGUGCGAUUCCACCGCCGAGGGAAGGCUUGACUGGGACGAGUACAUCUAUCGACACGAGGAGCAGUACAGGAAGACUUAUUCUGGAUUCUCCUCUUGCUUUCUUCGCACUCUUGAGGGUUUAGUCGUCAAGACAAGGCCAGAAGACGUGGAGAAAGACAUCGUUCUACCGCCUAUGACGCACCGCGUGAUAUAUUUGAAGCCAUGCUGGUAUGAUAAGAUGACCGCGAACCUGUUUGUUCAGGUCUUGAGGGCCAAUGCGAUUACGAGUGAACGAAGCGAUGUCGAUUAUCUGUUCCACAAGAACAGUGCGAAGGCUCGCUAUAGUCUUAUACAAAACUUAAGGCAGUCUAACUUUACCUGGACGGGUUUCAGUCUCGACGACGUGAUCAAUACUCUCGAAACUACGGAAAAGUACCUUGACAAAGACGACAAGAAGUGCGACCAGGCGGAUGUUGAUUCGCUUCUGGAGAGCAGUCACGCUAUCUCAAGGCUCGUGAAAUCUGAAGAAUGGAUCGCCCUGAGCAAGGCGCACGAAGUCGGUAUGGCUGUUGAGGACUGGCCGAAGGACUCAGAGGAGAACUUUGCACUUGCAUACCCCACAAAGCCUACCAUGAUGGGCAUCACACAACUCCGCGAGGGUCAACUCCACGUUGACAGCAAUAUAUCGUCGCAGGAUCCUGCAGAAGACCUCAAUGCGGUGGGACAGGUGGCGAAGGCAAAGGUUGAAGCCCUAGCGGAAGCAGAGAAAGAGGCUAAAGCAAAGAAAGAUGCGGAGUCGAAGAUACGGAAAGCUGGCGUGCCAUCUUCAUGUAUCGGCGACCAACCGCUUACAAGCAAAACCUCUCCAGGAAAGAAGAAAGAGGAUGUAGAAAUACCAUUGCUCGCAGCAUCACCCGCCCGCCCCAAGAAGCGCAAACUCACCCUACCUGAGGAACAAGCAGACCUACCUGCAGACUCCCCACUCCUCAAAACCCGCAUCAUCGCUACAACAUCCGCAAAGCUCACAUACCUCCUCGACAAAGUAGUCGCCCACCAAGCCACCGAGAAGAUCAUAAUCUUCUACGACGGCGACAACGCCGCCUUCUACAUCGCCCAGUGCCUAGAAAUGCUCUACAUCAACCACCGCAUCUACGCGCGCACCCUCAACAACGUCGCGCGCUCCGAAUACGUCGCACUCUUCAACUCCGACCCAGACGUCCGCGUGCUCCUCAUCGACGUUGCCUGCGGCGCGCUCGGCCUCAAUCUCAACGCCGCCAGCAUCGUGCUGAUCGUCAACCCCAUCAACCGCCCGAGCAUCGAGGCCCAAGCCAUUAAGCGCGCGCACCGCAUCGGGCAGGACAAGAAAGUCACGGUCGAAACGCUCGUGCUGGAGAACACGAUCGAACAUGCGAUCUUCAAGCACGCGAAGAAAAUGUCACGCGCACAGCAUCUUGAGGCUAAGGAGCUGGAGGACGACGCGGGCAUUGUAGAGAUUAUCCAGAAUGCGAAGGUUUUGAAGAUUGAGGAAGACGAAGUGGGUGAAGGCAUGUUUGCGAAGUUGAAGACGCCGCAGCGGGUUUUUGGGCGCGAGGGGAGGCUGAGGUUUCAGAAGUUUGGGGCGGGGGAGGGGAAGAAGAUGGAGGGGGCGAGGAAGAAGGCGAAGACAGGUGUGAGGGCUGCGCCUAAGGGGAAGGGGAAGGCGAAGGCGAAGAGUCCAGGUAUUGCGGUUGCUCAGUCGCCGCUUGCUUCGGGCUCGGGAGCAGUUGCUCCUGCUCAAGGUUCGCAGGGCGCUUCUUCUGGCUUUCAGCCCUUUGCGGGAAGCAUUUUUGGGAACGGAAAUGCCUCCAACUGA